AAUGCAAAAGACUACAAGAUAUAUGAAGAAGUUGGAAACGGUGUCAGUGCCACUGUGUACAGGGCUUUAUGCAUUCCACUUGAUGAGAUUGUUGCUGUCAAGGUUCUUGAUUUGGAGAAGUGCAACAAUGAUCUGGAUGGUAUUCGCAGAGAGGUGCAGACCUUGAGCUUGAUUGAUCAUCCAAAUGUACUAUGGGCACGUUGCUCAUUUACUGCUGGCCAUAACCUUUGGAUUGUGAUGCCGUACAUGGCUGGGGGGUCCUGCUUGCAUAUAAUGAAAUCUGAUUAUCCAGAAGGUUUUGAAGAGCCUUUCAUUUCAACCGUGUUGCGUGAAGUUCUUAAAGCUCUUGUUUAUCUGCAUGCCCAUGGGCACAUUCACAGGGAUGUGAAGGCUGGGAAUAUUUUAAUUGACACUGAUGGUGCUAUCAAGUUGGCAGACUUUGGGGUAUCAGCAUGCAUGUUUGAUAGUGGGGACAGACAGCGUUCUAGAAAUACUUUUGUUGGAACUCCUUGCUGGAUGGCUCCAGAAGUUAUGCAGCAAUUGCACGGUUAUGAUUUUAAAGCGGACAUCUGGUCUUUUGGAAUAACAGCACUUGAACUAGCUCAUGGCCAUGCCCCGUUUUCCAAGUAUCCACCAAUGAAAGUUUUGUUAAUGACCUUGCAAAAUGCUCCACCUGGUCUGGACUAUGAAAGGGAUAAGAAGUUUUCAAAGUCUUUCAAAGAGAUGGUAGCUACCUGCCUGGCGAAGGACCCGAAGAAACGUCCAACUUCAGAGAAACUUUUGAAGCAUCGCUUCUUUAAAAAUGCACGCUCCUACAGUUAUCUAGCUCGUACAAUUCUCGAUGACCUUGCUCCAUUGGGAGAACGUUUUAGGUUGCUUAAGACAAAAGAAGCUGAUCUUCUUGUCCAGAAUAAGGUUCUCUUCGAGGACAAGGAGCAAUUAUCACAGCAAGAGUACAUAAGAGGAAUCAGUGCCUGGAAUUUCAACUUAGAGGACUUGAAAAGUCAGGCUGCACUUAUUCAUGAUUAUGAUGAUAUCCUAAAUGCAGAAGAUCAAGAAGGGAGCAAGAAGCAAAGGGACAUGCAUGAUGUAGUCAGAUUAUCACCAGAGAAGAUGUCCCCAGAAACAGCUUGUCAUUCUAUUGCUGCAACUAGCCAGGAGGAAGGGCAUAGUCAUCUUCAUGAUUUGGAGAGUUCACUUGCUUCAUUUCCUAUUAAACCUCUUCAAGCACUCAAAGGCUGUUUUGACGUUGUUGAAGAUGACGAGGGUGCAAAUAGUCCAAAUCAGAAAGGUGUUACCCAAUUAGAAAGUGAACAGUUCAUUACAAACUCAUUAAGAGCUUUGGACCAAGAUGCUGGAAGAUACGAGGGUGAGAAUUCCCGGCAAAGCAUCUCUUUACCACGUCAGGUGAUUCCACAGCAUAAAAGGUUUUGGAGCGGUUCACUGAUACCUGAUAACCUUCCUCUCAAAAAUGUUGCAGGAAAUGGGGAUAGAAGGGACUUCCAACAGCCUAAAUUUCAAUCUGAACGCAACCACGGUGGUCCAUUGUUGUACCUCCAGAGGAGAGAAACAAAUAAGACCUCAUCUGAGGAUGCAUUGGAGGGACCAGUUGUUCAACGGGGACGCUUUAAGGUGACUUCAGCUAAUCUCAGUCCUAAGGGACCAUCAAACUUCAGUUUUAACGCUGCUACCGGAGGCUUAACCAGCCCAACAUCUCUAAACACGACAGCUAGUUUAUUUCUGCCAUCCCUACAAAGUAUCUUGCAACAAAAUACCGUGCAAAGAGAAGAGAUCAUUAGACUGAUCAAGUAUUUGGAGCAAACAUCUGGCAAGUUUGGGAAAUCGGCCGAGGUGGGCUCGAAUGACCUUUCACAGAUACCACCACCUUCUGCAAGGGAGAAAGAGCUGCAAUCACAAGUGCUUCAGCUACAACAGAGUAUUGGGAACCUUUCUGAGGAAUUGCAGCGACAGAAAUCGGAAAACAUGCUGUUAGAGAAACAAUUAAAUGCAUCAACGGACAACCAAGAGAGAUGGCAAGAGAGUUAAGUAUGGGGUGAUGAUUUUCUAUAUAUGAAGCUGCCGGAUUAUUUUGUCUUCAGUGCCUGGGUUCGUAAGGCUUUGAGGCAUGGAAGUGUUUCUUUUUUAGUGUGAUUUCUAGUGUACUAUAUUCAUGGCCAAGAUUGAGUUUUAAGCUCUACUUGCAGAUUUAGAUCCCAUUGCUUGAAUCUCAAUGUACUUGUAAUUUAUUAACUCUAUGUUGUUACACUGUGUUUAUUGCAAUAUUCGCUCUUCGGACUUAAAAAAACAAUUGAACACGUAUACUUUUGUGCAAG